AUGCUGCCAACAUUCUGCGAACACUGUGGCUCCCUGCUGUUCGGCCUGAUGCGUCAGGGUCUGCAGUGCGAGGUCUGCAAGACCAACAUCCACAAACGGUGUGAACGCAACGUUGCUUCCCACUGUGGUGUCAAGACACGCAAUCUCAUUACUGCCAUCCGUCAGUGCGGCCUCAACCCCUCUGAUCUCGGCUUGACCGCCGAGGCAGUCGCUGCGGCCAGUUCUGCAGUGCCGCGUUCCGUACCACCUGGUCUCAAUCUCAAGGAUACUGGCAUGUACCCAAGGUAG